AUGGCGUAUGCAGCAGUGGGCUAUUGGCGAGUUGAAGAUACUGAAGGAUGGAAAGUGUCUUUUAUAAUGGGAAAGACAAAAUGCGCACCGAUGAAACUGUCUACUGUGCCAAGAGUGGAGUUGCAGGCUGCGGUUAUGGCGACUAGGCUCAGAAACUCGAUAUUAGAGGGACAUGAUAUUCAACCAAAACGAGUUUGUAUGUGGUCGGACUCAUCAACAGUUCUAGCAUGGAUCCGUUCGGAUCAGAGAAAGUACAAGCCAUACGUCGCCCAUCGAGUGAACGAAAUUCUAGAAAGCUCACGCGUCGAAGAAUGGAAUUUGGUUGCCGGCAAGGACAAUCCAGCGGAUUUUGGCACGAAGAUUAAAAGAGACAGCAGACAGUCACUAUGGGUAACCGGGCCAGAUUUUUUAUUGGAUGAUCUUGAGGAAUCACCACAGCAGAGCAAAGGUAAUUUUAGUACUGACAUGGAGCUGCGCCCAAAAUUCUGUAUGGUCACCACGAAGCAAACGGAUGAUCUCUUUGGAAGAUUCUCAUCGUACACGAGACUCGUACGGACUCUGGCUUGGGUGCUACGAUUUAGAAGAGGGGAAGUUCGUGAAAGUUGCCUGAUGUGCUCGGAGAUGGAUUAUGCUGAAGUGGUUCUGUUCAGAAGUGUACAAAAGAGUUCUUAUCCAGAUGAGUAUAGUGAGCUCGCCAGGGGUAAACUCAUUGAUAAGGGAAGUAGUAUUCUGAAACUAACACCGGAGAUGGAUAAUGAUAGCUUGUUGCGUGUUGGCGGACGCAUAGAUAAAGCUUGCCGUUGA